AAGCCAGUGUUAAUAAAACCUUGCUCGUUUUAUAACACUCAGCGAUCUUCUCUGCGAUCAGACCCAUAGUUUUGUUUGAAUCAAAGCAGAUACCGUACAGUCUAUGCUCUUAAGCUGUGGUUGCACUAACAGGCCUUCAAGACUAAACAGCCCAAAAGAUUGAAGUGUUAUCUAAAACAUGUCGGCAUUGAAGAGAAGCCCCCGAAAUGUCCGCAGUCCGCGCAGCACAGCGGCCAUGGUCAAACACCUGCCGUCUGCGGUGGCCGCCUUACUACAGUCGGGCAAGGGGCCGGCAAAGUUGACCAACGUCGACUCCCCGGACGGGGUAAAGGCGAUGCCCUUAGCCGACUGGCUAUGGGACAAAAGUCGGGUGCAGGCGCAGGCGGCACUCGACACUGACUUCAUCCAGGGCAUCAAGAGUGGUCUUCUGGAUCCCACCAACUACGGUGGCUACACAGUUCAGGACGCCGUGUACUGCCAUAAUGCCACUGACUACUAUGGGAUCGCUGAGUGUAGAGCCACCGAUGAAGACCUAAAGGAAUUCAUUGCCGCACGCGUGAAAAGUUACGCUUCGGGGGACGAUCCAGUGAUUGGACCCUCACCCCAUCUCUUCCUGUAA